CUGGGUUCGGACGUAUUUGCAAUACUCCUAGGACGAGGAAAAACACAUGUUAUUGCAGUUCCGUGUUCAGUGUGUACUGUUAGAAUUUAGUAUUCCUGAGAGCCAAGCGGGAGAAUAACGUCGAGGGAAACCCAGUUUCACUGAGUACUUCACAUGCGCGCAACAUUUCUACUCGUGCUGCAUGUACUGAGACUGCUGAAGUGCUGAGAGUGGAUACAGUGGCAGGAGUAAACACAGAGAAAACAUUCGCUGAACGACCGUGAAUCGAUUAGGGUAGAAAACACAGUUCGGUGCAAUAUAGGCUAAAUCCUGUUUCGGGAAAAUAUCGUGUGCGUGACUAAUAUCGUGGUGAUAUUUAUUUUGCUCUGAACGACUAGAAAAUUCAGUGAAAAGUUGCAUCCUAACAAAAUGCCUUCGGAACAGAAGAUUUUCAAUCCGCAUCCGGAUGUAGCGGCCAAGGCCUACAUUAACAACAUGGAGCAGUACGGGGAGUUCUAUCGACAGUCCAUCGAAAAUCCUGGUCAGUUUUGGAGCAACGUGGCGAAGCAGUUCCACUGGGAAACUCCCUGUGACCCGAAAAACUUCUUUUCCUUCAACUUCGACAUAUCUAAGGGGCCUAUUUUCGUCAAAUGGAUGGAAGGUGCUUCAACUAACAUUUGCUAUAAUUUGCUGGAUCGAAACGUAAAGAACGGAUUGGGCGAUACGGUGGCUUAUUAUUGGGAAGGUAACCAUCCGGAUGACUACAGCCGGCUAACCUAUCGCAAGCUGCUGGAGGAAGUUUGUCGUUUCUCGAACGUGCUAAAAUCACGUGGCGUCCAGAAGGGCGAUCGGGUGUCCAUCUAUAUGCCGAUGACGAUGGAACUUCCGGUGGCGAUGCUAGCCUGUGCUCGCAUUGGUGCCGUCCAUUCGAUUGUCUUUGCCGGUUUCUCGUCAGAUUCGCUGGCAGAACGAAUGCACGAUUGCCAGGCCAAAGUACUGAUCACAGCUGACGGUGCAUGGCGUGGUGAAAAGAUUCUCCAUUUGAAGGAUCUUUGCGAUCAAGCAAUGACAAGGUCGGAAGAGAUGGGACACCGCGUUGAGUCGUGCAUCGUUGUAGCGCACAUCAAUCGCGUUACUCCAGGAAAGCAGGACUGGGAUGGUGUAUUCGAUGUAAGUGGACUAGAUUUUAAUCUUUUGCAGCUAAAUUUGAUUAAUGUUCACCAGACUCCCUGGACUGACGACCGAGACUAUUGGUGGCAUCAGGAGAUGGAAGAAGCUGAACCAGCUUGCUAUCCAGAGUGGAUGGCAGCCGAAGAUCCUUUAUUUAUGCUCUACACCAGUGGAUCCACCGGUAAACCUAAGGGAGUGUUGCAUACAACAGCUGGUUAUCUGCUGUACGCUGCUACCACGUUUAAAAUUGUAUUCGACUACAAACCUCAUGAUGUUUACUGGUGCACCGCUGACAUUGGCUGGAUUACCGGUCACACCUACGUACUGUAUGGCCCGCUAGCUAACGGCGCUACUUCGGUGAUGUUCGAAGGCACUCCAUUCUUUCCAGAUAACGACCGCUACUGGGAAGUCAUUGACAAGUAUAAGGUUACACAGUUCUAUACGGCUCCUACGGCAAUUCGGUCGUUGAUGAAAUAUGGCGAUGAACCAGUGCUAAAGCAUGAUCUGUCUACUUUGAGAGUUCUCGGAAGCGUGGGUGAGCCUAUCAAUCCUGAAGCAUGGAUGUGGUAUUAUAAAGUUGUUGGAAAAGAAAAGUGCUCUAUUGUGGAUACUUUCUGGCAGACCGAAACCGGAGGACACGUGAUUACACCGUUGCCGGGAGCAACACCAAUGAAACCCGGAUCGGCAUCAUUCCCAUUCUUUGGAGUGAAGCCAUCUUUGCUGGAUGAGAGCGGCAAUGAAAUCACUGGCGAAGGAGAAGGUUAUUUGGUAUUUUCACAACCGUGGCCAGGAAUGAUGCGGUCAUUGUUCAAUAAUCAUCCACGAUACGAAUCAACGUAUUUCUCCAAGUUCAACGGAUAUUAUUGCACUGGCGAUGGUGCUCGACGUGACAGCGAUGGGUACUACUGGAUUACGGGUCGCGUAGAUGAUAUGCUUAACGUUUCCGGUCAUUUAAUGUCUACAGCGGAAGUCGAGUCGGUGCUCACAGAACAUCCGCGAGUUUCGGAAGCAGCAGUUGUAUCUCGACCUCAUCCUGUCAAGGGCGAAUGCCUAUACUGCUUUAUCACGCCCAAUCAAAAUGAGCCUUUCGACAAGACGCUUAUCAAUGAAUUGAAGGUACUGGUACGGGAACGGAUCGGUCCCUUCGCGCAGCCCGAUGUAAUCCAGAAUGCACCGGGUUUGCCGAAGACUCGGUCUGGUAAGAUCAUGCGAAGAGUGCUGCGUAAAGUGGCGGUUAAUGAUAGGGAAAUCGGAGAUACCUCGACCCUGGCGGACGAGGCCAUUAUCGAGCAACUGUUCGCCAACCGGCCAACAGCUUAAAGCGGCGUCUCACACGAAAGAUCUCAUAAAUUCUUUGCAUCAACUGCUAUUACCUUAACACGAUCUGCGACGAGUUAAGUUUAAGCGAUAUCAGCCGAUACAGAUAUUAGGCUCUAGAAUAAUCUAAAAAGAUACAAGUAGCGAACCCGGCUCGUGACUCACGCAUAUAUCGGAAAGACUUUAUCGGAAACUACUAGAGAAUGGUGCUAAUAACUUGCGAUGGGAGACUCUACAAAAGAUUAGCGAAACAUUUACAUUAUAACAAUUAUAUCUAUGUUGUCAUGAGUAUUCAGAACUCAUCUGCCAGAUUUUAGCAUUUGAUAAUUUGUGUGCUACACAGCAUUCAGUGUUGAGUGGAAAUGCGUGAAAGGACAUCACAUUCCUCCAAAAGUGACAAAAUGAAAAGAAAAUCGAUUGCGGCUCGCCGAUAUAGAUGUAUUCGUGCUUUGCAUAAUGUAUGUUUUAACUCGUAAGAUUAGGAUUUGUUUUAGUAAAACAACAAUAUGAAGUUUGAGGAUAAUUCGUUUAAAACGAAUCUGUAACAAUGUAACGUUGCUGGAAGUACAUCGAAUGGUAUGCAAAUAACACAAACUUAAACUAUUAAGAAGUAGAAACUUUGGCACACAUUUUAGUUUUUGGUAACGCAAACGCUUUUUAUGUUCUAUAUACUAGUUACUCAAUAAAAGAAAACACAUAAUGAUAUUAUUUUCUCUUAAAACCCACACACACCAUUUUUUAUUUGAUCCUCACAAAGUAAACUCCACAACUAUCAAUGGUUACAACGUUACGGUUUCUAUAUGUAGCUUUCAACAUCGGAACGACAUUUUCUCAUCACUCGAAUACAUAUCAUUUCCUUUACUGGUUGCAACCUAGGAUGAAGGAAACUAAUAGCUGUAAGUAUAUGAAACUCAACUACUCAGCAAAAGGUUACCAAAGAAAUACCACGCAUUGGCUGACAACAUACAUAUCAAGAUGGGGUGCCUGAAUUAACGUUUCAUGCCACCAAACUAUAAUAACUAUAGAAUAUCAGAAAUGUUAAUUGUGCACAUAUCAUACAACUGAUAAAAUUUACCUUAAACAAACAAUUAGCCACGGAAUACGAUUUCAAAACUGUUAUUGUUUGAUAGCUUUUAAAAUGUUCGUAGAACA